AUGACUACAAGAUACCAGAGGGUUUUGGAGAUAAAUGCCAAAGAGAAAAUAUCUCUGGCGAUCGUUAAGUUCCCUCCUUUUAAGCUACGUGCGGCGAUGGUUGAGAAAGAUCCGGUGAUAUGGCUCCAUUUGCUGGAAGUUUAUGUGCAACAUAUGAGUUAUUUAUUACAUGGUGACAACUUAGACUUUCUCAGUGAUGAGACCAUUGAUCAUCUAUGCAUUUUCGUUAAGGCUUAUGUGCAUGAAAUGAGUGAAGAAGAAGGAAAACUUCUUUCUUUGGGAAUUAAUGCAGAUGUUUUGAAGCAAUUAGAGCUUUUAAGAGCUUACGUUUUACAGUUGAUUAAAAGCUGUGGGCUACUAUACUUGAAGUUGAAUACAGAGUCUCUAUGGGACAUAACACGGUCCUACGUCGAGGGAAAUGCAACCACUGUCAGAUCGUUGAUCGAAGGAUCUUUAAGACCGACCAUUAAUACUCAGAAAGCACAAUUGGAUAGGACGUACCAGAUACAGCAACAUAUAAGAUAUUUGAUAGAAGCCAAUAAAUUUAGUAGAGUGGAUUUAAAGUCUCUGGAAUUGCUUUUAGCUGCUGAUGAUAAGGCGAAGAGUUCAUUUACAGAUAAUUUUGUGUCUGCCAAGUGGGUUGAUACAUUAGAGUCAAUGUAUGGCAAGGAACCAGGGAGUUAUUUAUCAGAUUGGGGAAAGAAACUUGGAAUAUUAAGCUUUUUGUCCUGCAGCGUCACACAUUUGGCUGAUUUGUUAAAGCAAAUGAGCAUAACGAACUUACGAACACUUUCAAUGUAUCCACUUUUAGGGUCACUUCUAAUUGAUGCCAGGUUUCAGGAAAAGUUGCCACAUAUUAAAACUAAAAUCCCCUUUUUGGAUAUACAAGAGGAACCGAAGGCAGCUCCCCAUUUAAGCGGUCUGCUAAUGCCUAGUGUCAAUGUUGAACAAAUAGACACAAUCAAGGAACUAUUUCCGGACCUUACUUCUAACCAGAUAACAAAAUUAUUGCAGAGGUAUGAUAAUAACACGGAAGUUAUAAUCAAUAACUUGUUUGAAAAUCCAUCUGUGAUAUCUUCACUCGAAGAUGGGCCACUGCAGGAUGACGAAAUACAGAAUACGACCGAAAACCUGAUGGAGGAACAUAAGCCGAAGGAGAAUUUAUUGCCAGCCAUCACUCCGAAGGACAAAAUUGAAAAGAAAAACAUGUUAUUCCCUACAAACGACGUACCUGAUGCUGUCAGAAACAAAACAUUAUCAAGAGCUUUAUCCCUUCUAUAUGAUGCCACAGAAGAUGAAAGGGAUGACACCUACGACGAUGCAGAAGUUAAGCAAGCUUCUGCAGAUCGUGUAAGCGUCGAUACUUCUGACACAGCAAAGGUAUCAACCAUAACACCAGGCACAUCUAAGUACGAUAAAAUUGAAGGAUAUCUAUGGGAAUUAUUGAAAAGGGAUAAAAAUCUUUUCUCCCGUCAGCAACGGGGCUCGAAACAGCGGAAAGAAAUGAAGAAAGAGACUAACUGGUCUGACGAACAAAUUGAAGGUUGGUCAAGAAUGAUUGAGAAGAGUCCAAAGAGGGCACAACUGCUAGAAGAAAAGUAUAUUUUCAAAGGGAACGUUCGGCAAGGCAAGAAGACGUUUACAAAAGCACGAGAGGAUAAAGAAGGUUUUGAUCAUCAUGUAGUUGACAGCACCGUAAAUUCACCUAACACUAACAGUAAUAAUGAUUCUGGCAGAGAGAAAACACCUACUACCAAAGAACCUCUUACCAAAGAACAACAAAAGAGAAAAAAUGCUCGUAACGAGAAACUAAAAUCAAGUCGUGCUAAUCAUAAUAGAAAAGCGGGACACGAUAAAAAGUUAGCUAAAAGUGGUGUUUUAUGA